AUGAUAUCACACCGAAUGAGUAAUCUCAUUGUAAAUGGUUUACACAGCCGAGAUCCAGCUGAGUUGAAGUCACCAUUAGUUAAUAAAGAGACUGAUUUAAAAGUGAAAAUAUUAAAACUUUAUCAGGCAGAGUUGAAUGCCAGCGAAGAAGCCUUGCAUAUUGCUCUUGUUGGUCUAAACAGGACCCUCUCUAGUGAUUAUCGGUCGCUAGAUAUUAUUAGGUUUAGUUGUGAAGCCAGACUAGCAGAGAUGCAAACAGCUGCAUUAAUAGUGGAGGGUAACCACAACGAUGUACUCAAACUAGUGAGCGAAGCAAAAAUGGCACCUGAACAUCUUAAUUCUUCGCAGGGUCAUCACAAAUUAAUGAAUGACAUUCUGGCAGAGAUUUCUCACGCUGCAGAUAAGUUGGAAAAACAAUUGAGAGAAGAUAUAUUUAGUGAUUUGGUCCAAGGAAAAGGACCAGUGCAUCAAGGAGCAGAAAUUGAGACUGUUGUCAAGUUAGGCAGUAAUAUUGGACAUUACAAAGAUCCUUUAGAUCAGGGUAGUGAGCACCAAGUGACUUUAGUAGAUUCUUUAAAUAACCAGUACACCCUCUCACGCCCACGUGAUCUCACUGUAUUAAUUGAUGAUCCCAAUCUUGUAAAGGACAUUGUAAUAUUACUGGUUUGUGUGUUUCGUUGUGGUGCUGUGUGUUGCUUGUUGGGCCUUCCGCCAUUAUUUGGGUAUGGAGUGGCAGGUAUGAUAUUGGGACCAGCUGGAUAUAAUAUUGUGAAAUCAGUUGUACAAGUUGAAACUAUAGGUGAAUUUGGUGCUGUUUUCAUUAUAUUUAUGGCAGGUCUGGAGUUCUCACUCGACAAACUUAAAAAGAUUAAAAAACUUAUUGAACCGAUUAGAGAAUUAUUUGCAGCAAUUUUCUUUGCAUCUGUAGGUUUUCAUGUCUUUCCUACUUUUCUUCUCUCUGAAUUUUUUACUAUUUUUUCUGUCACCUUUUCAUUAUCAAUGGCUCAAGUCAGUGAGUUCUCAUUUGUAUUAUGCAGUAGAGCACGUCGUCUGAGAAUCAUUACACGGGAGACGUAUUUGGUUUUACUUAGUGUAACAGCACUAAGUUUAAUUCUUUCUCCCAUCCUUUGGAGAUUGCCUCGCCUUUUAUCAGCAGUCAGUAGACCUCGGUCUCUCACACUGUAUCGAAUAAAAGAAAGAGAAAUGAAGACUGUGUUAAACAGACACUUCGAAAAAGGCCACAAGACCUCAGACUGA